UCGACUGUCAAGCCGAACAGCUGACCCAAACUGACCUGAUGGACGUAACUAGGCGAUAAAACUGAUGUAUUUUUUUAUAUCCAGUGGUUGUGGUCGUAUUUAGCGGCACCGAGCGCCUUCGGCUGAAAUGUUUCUUUUACUUUAUGCGGCUGAAACGUCGUUUUACACGCUAUUUAGUCGGUUAUCCCGCUCAUAUUGCUGCUGAAGAACAGUCUUAGCUAGUUCAAAAUGAGUCUUCCAGCUUUACACAAUACCGGCGUCCUUUACAGAAGGAUUCUAUCCCAGUUCCCUCAGGACAUCAGCUUAGCUUUUGCCUAUGGAUCUGGCGUUUUCAAACAGCAUGGGACCAGCCAAGGUCAAAUGGAGAAAAACAUGCUGGACUUUGUGUUUGCGGUGGAUGACCCUGUGACGUGGCACACCAUGAAUCUCCUGCAAAACCGCAAACACUAUUCCAUCCUCAAGCUGCUGGGACCCACAAUGAUCAGCUCCAUACAAAAUGAUCACGGGGCUGCGGUAUACUACAACACACUGGUGCCUGUGGAUGGGAAGAUAAUCAAAUACGGUGUGAUUAGUACAGAGUCUCUAAUAGAUGACCUGAUGCACUGGAAGACCAUGUAUGUGGCUGGACGUCUUCACAAACCAGUGAAAAUGCUGGUGCAGAGUGAGAAUGGAAAGCUCCGUGCUGCUUUGGUGGCUAACCUGAAGAGUGCUGUGACGGCUUCCUUCCUCAUGCUGCCAGAGAGCUGCACUGAAGAAGACCUUUUCCUGCAGAUAGCUGGCCUUUCUUAUGCCGGGGAUUUUAGGAUGGUGAUUGGAGAGGACAAAUCCAAAGUGGCCAAUAUCGUCAAAGACAACAUUCAGCACUUCAGGAUUCUCUAUAGCAACAUCCUGCGGGACUGCCCUCAAGUGGUCUACAAACCUCACCAAGGAAAACUUGAAGUUGACAAAAGCCCAGAGGGUCAGUUCGUCCAGCUAAUGGCAUUGCCGCGUACCCUCCAGCAAAGGAUCACAAAGCUGGUGGACCCACCGGGGAAGAACCGAGACGUGGAGGAGAUCCUGCUUCAGGUGGCUCAGGACCCAGACUGUGGAGCUGUCGUACAGCAAGGUGUCUCAUCUAUUGUGAAAUCCUCCAGUAUAACACAGAGUAUCAAAGGCAUUGCUACGGCUGGCUUGUGGAAGACAGUGUCAUACAGCUCCAAGAAACUAAUGAAGAUGUGGAAGGGCUGGAGGAGGAAGCCGUCUGUGUCCCAGAUGUCCUGAACCUGUCUGUUCACCAGGAACCAGGCUGUCAGUCUGACAGUCUAUGUCCGUCCUUUGAUUUUUACCCUGACAAACUGUGGCUGGAACAAUCAUCCAAUAACCUCUGGUUGUGUCACUCUCUAGUCUGUAUGAAUGGGAUCACUGAGCAGGUAUAAGGCUGUCUGAAUAGUUUAGAAUCACCUGUGCAACUACCCUUUAUCAUGCAAUUCACAAAAGUUGUAGAAUAAAGGGUGACAUUUCAUGAGUCAGACUGAAUUAUGGCUGACAUUUCAGAGUAAUGCAGAUUGGACCUUUCUGGAUGAUGACAUACACACAGACAGUGACUAGUGAGGAACAGCUGAAUGGACCACACUGCAACAAUUACCACAAGUAUAAUGAAGAAAUGACGGUGACGUGACAGAAUCUUCUCAUCUGGGUCAUGCAUGUGUCACAGCUGUGCAUUUUCUAUGUGAAUGGUGCUACUUAGAUGACAGGGGAUGGGCAGCUGAAAUGCUGCGUUAGUGCAGAACCUCAUAUUUUUAUGGCCAGUUUUCACCACUGUAUUAAAAAAAGGAGGCCAUUGAUGAAUUUCUUUCAGCUGUGAAAUUCUGUUGCAUAUUACACAUACACACAGAAACACACAUGCUUUUUAUCUUUGUCUCUUCUUGCCAAAGUCCUUCAUCUCUGAACGCUUCAUUUUUUUAAGAGUGUUUUUGAUGCCAGUAUCUCAGCCAGUAUUCAUAAACUAAAAAAUAGGAUCACACUUUUUUGAGAAGAUGUGUAGGAGGAGUCUGAUUUAACCUUUACCACGAUAAAAAUGUUCCUGAAGAAACCAUUACACCUUUAUGCCCUCAGUCUGUGCAUCGGUUGGUUCUUCACAAACACUUACUGUAGUCUAACGGAGUUGGAGGAUUAAGAUGCCAGGGUCACUAAAAGGGAGCAAAACUGUCAUUAAUAAAAUCAGUUACACUUUGCUUUUCCUGCUAUAAGAUGUAAAAAUGUCAACUGUGGUAAAGUUUUUUUUUUUUUUUUAAUCUGAUAUUAUAUAUUUUAUAUAAAUAAAUACAACAUAGCCAAAGGGUACAAGCACAAAAC